GCACCACCGGCCGUUACACUACAAACCAAGAAAACCAUCAUUGUUCGCACCAACCCACCCAACACACAGAGCAAAGCAAGAAACCGCACGGCACAACACUGCCAGUUCCCUGCUUGAAGUGGCGUCCACAGAUCGGCAUGUCGACGGCGGGAGGCCCGUCGGGGACGACGGCGUCGCAGCAUGGGGGCGGCGGCGGGGGGUGCUGCAGCUCCAGCGGGACGCUGGAGCUCGUGGCGGCGUUCACGGCGGUGUGCCUCGCACUCUACGGGGUGAUACUGUACCUCAACUACCUAUACGUACGGUGGAGCGGGCGGGACGGCGUGCAUCGGACGGGAUCCAGCACGGCAGCCGGGCCGGCGAGGAAGAGGGCCGGCGGAGGGGGGCUCGACAAGGCGGCGCUGGCAGCCAUGCCGGUGGUCCGAUUCAAGGCGGAGGCGCGUGGCGACGGCAGCGAGGUAAGGGAGGAGUGCGCGGUGUGCCUGAGCGCCAUGCAGGACGGCGACGCGGUGCGCGCCUUGCCCGGGUGCAGGCACUCGUUCCAUGUCGGGUGCGUCGACGUCUGGCUGUGCGCGCAGGCCACCUGCCCCGUCUGCCGCGCGCACCCUGCUCUCCCGGUUCCGGCAGCGAAGGACGGCUCCAAGAGGGCGGAGACCGCCGGACGGGAGCCGGACCUGGAGAGCCCGGUAUAGCAUGCGUGCGUCGCCCCCGAGCUGCCGGUAUGGCUUAAGGUAGUUAGCUGCUGCAUAGGUGUUGCUUCAUCGGCUUGUCUUCUUGGAAGCGUGUGGAUGGAUGGCUACAGCUACUAGAUGGUUAUCCACCGAGUACAUAAGUUUUGUGUUAGCUUGCUUCAAUUGGGGCCGAUGAUCUGCGUGCAUGGCUUCUAUAAAUUGUAAUCCUACGGACUCUUGCAUUGCUGAUAGGUGAAGUCCCCCAAAUCAUUUCGUAAGUAAGUUCAUAUUUUCCCCGCAAAAGAAAAAGUAAGUUCAUAUUUGAUGUACCCGUA